UCUCUCGAGCAUGUCUUUACUCAACAAUGGCAGGGCACUCUCCCUUGCUAUCGGAAAAUUCUCCUUUCAACGAUUCGCCUCUUCAUUUUCCUUUGCUACUGUGAAUGAGAAAUCGAAUGGUACAACGGCGGGAACAAACCCUAGCUUCAUUCAUCCUUCUACAGUUGUUCAUCCCAAUGCCAUUUUAGGUCAGGAUGUUUCAAUUGGUCCCUUUUGUACCAUUGGACCUUCUGCUAAGUUGGGAAAUGCUUGUCGGCUACACCCUGGGAGCCAUGUGGUUGGAAAUACAGAACUAGGGGAUAACUGCAUCUUGAUGGCGGGUGCUAUAGUCGGAGAUGAUCUUCCAGGUCGGACAGUUGUUGGUUGCAAUAAUAUAAUUGGACAUCAUGCUGUGGUGGGGAUUAAAUGCCAAGAUAUGAAGUACAAGCCAGAGAAUGAAUGCUUCCUAAAGAUUGGUGACAACAAUGAAAUCAGAGAAUAUACAUCCAUCCAUAGAUCUUCAAAGAUAACGGACAAAACGGUCAUUGGUGACAACAAUCUCAUAAUGGGAUCUUCUCAUAUUGCCCAUGACUGCAAAGUGGGCAAUAACAAUAUUUUUGCAAAUAAUACUCUUCUGGCUGGCCAUGUUAUUGUGGAGGAUUAUGCUCAUACAGCAGGAGCUAUUGUUGUUCAUCAGUUUUGUCGUAUCGGUUCUUUUUCUUUCGUUGGUGGUGGUUCUGUGGUUUCUCAAGAUGUUCCAAAGUACACAAUGGUUUCUGGAGAAAGAGCUGAGCUGCGUGGAUUAAAUCUAGAAGGUCUACGACGACGUGGAUUCUCAACCAUGGAGAUAAAGAGCCUACGGGCAGCUUAUAGAAUGAUAUUUAUGCCCAUUGAUGAAAACUCUGGAAGUAUUGAAGACCGUCUAACUAAAUUGGAGCAGCACAAGGAAUUGUCUCUAGUUCCAGCUGUUAGUUCUAUGGUACAGUCUAUCCGAGAUUCCUUUGCAGAAGAUCGUCGUGGAAUUUGCAAAUUUAGAUCUUGGAGUGCGUCGUGACAUUCGCAUCAGAAAUUCCCUGAUGUACUUGUAGAUCUUAUCCAGAAAUCAUACUGAUGGUGCAACCUUGUUUUGAUUGGGUAAAAUAUUAAUAUCUUUUGUGUACGGCUUUUCUUGUAUUAUUUGAUGGUUAAGUAUUUGGAAUACUCAAAUUUAUACGUCAAAAACUGCAACAAGUAUAGAGAUUGAGGAGUCUGACGAAGGUACUCUCUGAAGAUUUUAGCCUGCAGUAAAAGAGUUUAGGCUGCAGCAGUUACUAGAACGCAGAAACAUAUAGCAAUUUGAAUUCAUCUUGACUUUAACUGACGUAUGUAUGCUUGAAUGGAUCAAUAUCUUUUGACUGGAUAUACCUUGUAUUGAUCUUAUGAAACUUCAUGUGGUCUAUUCUGGCACUAUUAUUUGGUGGUGUUGGUAUUCCUUGA